UUUGUGACUGUAGUGGAAAAGAAGAGCGAUAGUUUUUUGUAUCCUUGUUUGAGUUUCUGAGGGGGAAAGACAUGUUUUGUGGAGGGAAAGUUAAGUGUGAUCCCUCACUGCACAGUGGUGAAAACCGACAGCAAAAGGAUGUUACGAAGAGUUGUGCGAACCUUCUCGACAAGAAAAUAGGACUAUAAAUCUUUGCCUGGCGAAAGGACAAACAGCUUGCCGAUGGAGUAUGGUUCAAUGACUCUGAAUGAUACGAUGGCAUCGGGCACUUCAGAAGGCAGUUGGAAGCUUCCAAAGGAGGACAAAAGGAGUGAAAGCCAAGCAAGGAAAGAAAAUAGGAAGACUGACUAUAAAGGAGUGCCUUAAAAGUGAGAGAAGAAGAAGGAGCGCAAUUAAAAGCACUUUGUAAAAGGGGAAAGAAGACAUGAGACCAAUAAAGAAACCGAGAGGCCGGGGAAGGAAAAGGGGGGGCCCGCAUUCUCCCCCAGAGAAGGACGCCAAAAGAUUCAGGAGGGAAACACUUGUCAAGACAACAGAGCACACAACCAAAACACUGACUAGUCCUUCCCCACGCAAACACCCUCCGCCCACUGCCUACACCACUAACAAGGAGCCAAUGAUAAGCAGCAGUGCACCCUCAGUAGGGCCUGUUGCACUGAGGCAACCUGUGGAGUCGGCUGAGAAGGACACAAAGAAGCCACAAGAAAAGAUGGAGAAGAAAACGAUAGGCACAAAUGGAACUAGCACUACGUCUGCAGACAGCGGAGCAUCUUCUACCUCUCCUUCAGCACCCGUCUCCACAGCCAUGCCCCCGGCAGCCACAAAUCACAGCCACGUCACCACCUCGGUCUCAAGUAGGAAAACAGCCACUUUCAAAGCCCGCAUCCCCAAGAAGAAAUAUACGUAUGAGCACUUUGUGAAUAACACCCUGACUGCCAUUAAUGCCCCCAGCCCUGCUUCUUCUCAAAACAACUGCAAUAUCAACAACAAAGUCAGUGACAGUAUACACAAGAUUAAUAAUAUCAAGCAUAGUAACAUUAAUAGUGAUAGUAAUGAUAAAAGCUCUAUUAGUAACAUGGUCAAUAGUAGCAGGAAUAAUUUUGUCAAUAACAUUUGCAGUAAAAGUAAUACUUGCUCAGGUAAUACCCCCCCACAGCUAACUGUGGGUAGUAAUGCAACACAAGUGAAUCACUUUGUCCCCAUGGACAGUAGGGCUCUCAGGACAGAGGGCUCCCAAAAGGAGCCCAUAGAGAAUGAGUCUGAAGGAACCCCAAACUCAGUGCACUCCUCGUCCACUGACACAGCCAGUGAGCACUCAGCUGAGCUGGACACGGUGGAGACAACAGGACCAAAUCAUUCAAGUCAUUCGAACUUUCCCACCCCCCUCUGCCACUCAUCACCCAAGGAGGUCAGCCAUUCAGAUGGACUAGCCCAAGCUCUGGCCAAAGGCAUGAAAAACCAGAGGGUUCUUGCGUGUCAGAUAAAGAGGAGUGUGGAGGGUGGGGUGAAUGGGAGGGACUUGGGUGCACUGUCUCGUGUGUUUAAGCCUGGUGUGGUGCGCUGUGUGAGUGGAGGGACUGUUGAAGUCCAACUCCAAGGAGAAGAGAGACUUGUUCAAUACCCUUUCCAUGGUGAUACUGUGAUUACAUCAUCGCCUGAGGCCAAGAACACUGUGGAGUUAAUUUUGGACGCCCCCCCACCUGGCAUGGCACCUGUGGCUGUGGGAACACAAGUGUGUGUGCCAUUUGGUGGAGAAGAGGGAGGGCCUCUGUUUUAUAGGGAAGGGAUUGUGACGCAGGUGGACCCCCACCCUGGGGUGUCGUUCCCCUACCGGGUGCUCCUCGAUGAACAGAUUCUGGACAGGCAGAAGGCUGGCAAAGAGAAUGAAAGACUGGCCGUUUGGGUGUCUCGACAGAGCCUGAGACUGCUCACCCCUCCCUGGGAAGUUCCAAAUUUGGACGGUGGUAGGGCAAAGGAGAGGGAGCGAGAAAGAGAAAGGGAGGAGAGGGAGCGGAGGGAGGAGAUGGAAGUAGAGAGGGAGGUGUGUCAGUUGAGUAAGGGAAUGGGGGUGCUUGGAGGAGGGGGCAGGCUAGGUCAUAGUUUUUCACACCAGGGGACCACUGCGGGGCGUCCUUAUGUUAAUGUAAAUCCACCAUCCCACUCUGCUACAGGGACGCCCAGCAUAGGGGCCAGCCCUGACAUCAGAGUGCAGGCAGAGAGACAAAAACAGGCAAACAUUCCUGAAGAGGAUGUGGAACUUUCACAGUUAAAUAUGGGCCUGACUGUUACUCCCAGAACAGCGGCUGGCACCCCUCAUAACACAAAUCUCCUGUCUAAGAGUAGUGGCUACCCCUCCUCCUCCCCUCACCUCACAGUGGUGCGUGGUCUGGGGCCUCCUCACCUGUCAGCCCUUACUGGCCCUCAGCCACCCCCUUCUCCAGCCUUAUUAACCUCUGAUAUGAGCAAUCCCACUUCAAACCUACCUCCAUCCAAAACCACUCCAUCCCAAACCCCUACUCCCACUUCCUCUACCUCCUCUCGUUCCAGGACACCCCUGUCAUUAGCACAACAGAAGUACAAAAAGGGUGAUGUGGUGUGUACCCCCAAUGGUAUCCGUAAGAAGUUUAAUGGAAAGCAGUGGCGGAGGCUGUGCUCCAGGGAGGGCUGCAUGAAGGAGUCCCAGCGCAGAGGCUACUGCUCCAGACACCUGUCGAUGAGGACCAAAGAGAUGGAGGCGGCUGGAGGCGAGCGGGGCGGGGGCAGCAGCUCAGGUACCCUCACCCCGUCUGACCUGAGAGGCAGAGCUAGCAGUGAGCUGGACUGGGAUGACACGUCAAGAGAGGGCAGUGAGACGAGCAGCAGAGGAGACUCCAGACCCCGUCUAGUGCUGCCCUCACUUGUCCCACAUGACCUGUCCUCACGCUUCGACUUCGAUGAGUGCGAGGCAGCCACCAUGCUUGUGUCUUUGGGGAGUUCCCGUUCAGGGACACCAUCUUUUUCUCCAAUCUCCAACCAGUCUCCCUUCUCCCCGGCCCCCUCUCCCUCCCCUUCUCCUUCUCUUUUUGGUUUUAGGCCAGCUAACUUCUCCCCCAUUACAGCCUCCCCAGUGCUGUCACAUCGUAGGCACAGGCAGCUCAGCGGGGCAGGGGUAGCAGGGGGGACUGGGGGCUCUAAAGCUGCCCAUGGGGGAGGAGAAAAAGAGAGACACACCUCUGGCCACAUUCAGCCGUCCUUCCAAAACAACCUAACUUUUACUGUCCCUAUGAGCCCUAGCAAACGGAAGGCUGACACUCCUGCCCCAGCUCCCCUCAUCUCCCACCAUCAUGACUACACUCCCAAGACAGAGCAAGAGCAGGGUGAGCUCAGCGGCUCCUUCAGGGUCCUUUCACCAGCUGCACAUUCUCGUACGCAUACUCCCACUUUCUCCCGGCCCCGGGGAGUCACUACACCCUCCUCUAGUAGACCCCCGUCUGCUGCUGCUGUCUCCCCUCCUCCUCUGCUAGUCUCUCCCACCCCUCCCUCUCCGCUGCCACCUGACGGAGGGUCUCGCCGCAUGGUGCCAGUUACCCAGCAAGCUUUGCGUGACUCCCCUGUUAUUGUCAGAAAUCCUGAAGUCCCUCUGGCGAAAUUUACAGAGUGCCCUGUUGGACGAGGAGGGUCUGAGGCAGGCACUGACUCUUCCACAGACACUGCUGUGACUCUUACCCCUCAACCCAUCUCUGGCCUCCAGGUGCCUGUCCCCAUAAACGCCGCCUCAGGCAGUGUUCCCAAUGGCACAGUGAUUCUGCGGAGCCCGGCCCAGACUCUGGUGCUCGUGUCCCCUUCACCCUCUGCUCUGCCCACCACUGACACCCCUGCUGCCCCCCUGCAGGCCCUGUCAGUGACCGUCAGCACAACAGUGGCUCCCACUGCGAACAGCACAGACAGCUGUGGGGAUGGAGGGGAGAACAGGGAGAGUGGGUUUGGAGGGGAGCUCCAGCAGCCUGUUCCCUGCCACCCGUCUCCCACUGCACUCCUGCCCCUCAUCCUGCCAGCAGAAAGCCUUCACCCUGCCCCUCGCAAAGACAUCAUUAUGGGACGCCCUGGCACAGGUGAGUGGCUCCACACACACUCAUAUUUAGGAUAGAAUUCUUUUAGCAAA